UGAGUUGUGUCAUCUUGUACAAGCAGUUGCCAAAUGUAAAGGAGGAAAUACUACCUCAUAUUAUUAGUGAGCUCAGUAACUGCUGUAUUGUGCCAGAAGGUUCUCAUUCUCAUUACAGUCUCGAAUACUUUGGUGUAAAUAUUUGAGGGCUGCUGAAGACACCAAAAUUGAGAGUUGCUGAUUUGCCAUUUGUAAUAUUGGACAGUUUCUGUAAAGGCACCAGUGUACAGCAGCAGCAGUGUGUACCAUCUGAAAGAUGCAUGACAUCAACUCACCCAGGCUCCUUCGAGAUCACAUUCUCCCAGCUCGAAGGAAAAGGACCUCAGAUGCAUAGAACACCACCAUCUGCAAGUUUCCCUCCAGGUCACCCACCAUCCUGCCUUUACUUCACUUUUACUGGGUUAAACUCCCUGACUAACAGCACUGUGGGUGUCCCUACAGCACAGGACUUACAGUGCCUCAAGCUCACCACCACAUUCUCCAGGUUUUCAGUGUUAUUCAUAUCGCAAAUGCUUGAUGAUUUCAGUAAGAUUUGGACUGCAUAAAGAUCAAUGAUGAAUUCAUUUGACAAUAACAUCUCAUAUGCCACUGUCAUUGGCCUUGCUUACAACAGCAACACAAGCUGCCACAUUGAUGCUGAAUUCAGAUACAUACUGUUUCCUAUUGUCUACAGUCUCGUCUUCGUCCUAGGACUCGUUGGGAACUGCUAUGUGCUGUGGGUGUUUAAACGGCUGUCUCCUGCAAACAGCAUGACUGAGAUUAAAAUCUUCAUGGUGAAUCUGAGUGUGGCUGACCUACUGUUUAUCUUGACGCUUCCUUUUUGGGUAGUGUACUACAGUACUAAAGGACACUGGAUCUUUAGAGAGAUCCCCUGUAGAGUGGCUGGCUGUCUAUUUUUUAUCAAUACCUACUGCUCCAUUGCGUUUCUAGCAGUGAUCAGUUAUAACAGAUACUGCGCUGUGGCACACCCCAUCGAGACAGUUCAGAAAAAUGGCAGGAAGAGAGGCAUUAUUAUAUCAACAAUUAUCUGGACUGUAAUCGUUGUCAGUGCAGCCCCCUUCCUUUUCCAAGAUGGAACCAACAAUGUUAAUGGUGUCAUUCGUUGCUUCGAAGGAUAUGACAAGAAUUCAGCCUUGCCCGUGGUCAUCAUCCACUUUAUCUUGAUUGGAGCUUUCUUCAUUGCCUUUCUUAUAAUAGUCAUCUGCAACUUGCUCAUCCUAAACCUGCUAUCGACAAAAGCAGCCCAGCCGAGCAGGAGUGAGAAGGUGAAGAAGCAAGCUUUCCGUAUGGUGUGUGCUGUCAUCACCGUGUUCUGCAUCUGCUUUCUCCCCCAUCAUCUGGUCCACGGCCCCUGGACCCUCUCCGUCCUGGGACUGUGGCGGGUAGAGGACUGUGUGUUCAGACGGGCAGUGAACGAUGCACAUCAGAUCACGCUGUGUUUGAUGGGUCUGAACUGCACACUGGAUCCUAUCAUAUAUUGCUUUCUGACCAAGAAAUUCAGGAGAUUUUUGACACAACGUCUAAGUAAAUGGAAAAGUACCAGGAAGAGCAUUAGGACCAUUUCCACAGAAACCAAUAUAGAUGGAGACAUAGCUUUACAUAACACGUGCAACUCAUGAAAUGUUGUCACAAAAACAGAAAUUGCUGGAGAGACUCAGCAGGUCUGGUAGCAUCUGUGGAGAGAAAUCAGGGUUAACUUUUUGGGUACAGUGACCCUUCUUCAGAACAUAAAAUGUAGUUAUUGAUAGGACCAAGAUAAUGUUGACUGUACUUGACUUGUUGCACUUGGUUAUUGUUAUUUUUGAUAUCACUGUUGGUAAAGAUGUGCAUCAUAUUGUUUAAUAUAAUGAGACAACGUCACACAAUGGGUAACAUAUUCAAUAUUGUUUUUGUAACUCUGCAUUUUAGCUUUCGACAACAACAAUGCACAUUUGCACAGCACCUUUGCAAGGUAGAAAAGGGAUGAUAUGGACGGACAAUUUAAGAGUGGUUUCUAAAACCUUGUUCAAUCAGAUGGAUUUUGAGAACUUUUUCAAAGAUAGAAAGGAAUGUAGAGAGUUUCAAGAUUUCAGGGAGAGGGAGAAAUUAUAGCAUCACUGCGUCUGAACCCUCUGUAGCUGAGAUAAAGGGAAAGACAGGUUAACAAAAGGCAAGAGUCAAAGGAGCAAAAGGUGUAAGGGGGGGAUGUGAGAAUAAAGCAGAAAGGGACAGUGUUGGAGAGGAUGGUGGAAUUUGAAGAUGAGGAUAGGUUAUUGAAUGCAGUGCACCAGAGGACAGGAAAUCAGUAUCUGCAAAUGUAAUGUAAUAUAUAUCAAUGUACAAGUAGUUUAGUUUCAAACAGGGAAUUUUUUUGAAAGGCAAGAAGCCAGUAAAGAGAUCAUGGAGAAAUGAAGUCUGGAGAUAACAAAAAUGUGGAGAAGAAUUAGUCAGGUGGUGGGUGGGGGUGGGGGUGGGGGGUGCGCUGAAGUAGGAAGCGAUGGGCAAUGCUGCAGUGAUGGGAAUGCCUGUUCCUGAGGCAAGGUGCUGAUUGGGUUCAGUUGUGAUAACACUGAUCUGUAAAUAUUGACUAUUUGAGCCUGACAAAUGUAAAAGGUAGCCAACUGAGAAGAUGUGUCCAGGAUUCAUUGCACCAAACAUUUGCUAGGAAACGUUCAGAAGAAGAUGUGAGAGAGCCAACGGGAGGGAAGUGAAAGAAUUGCUCACUGUUCGACUGAAUUGUUAUUUCGCACCCCAAAAGAGCACUUGAUUGGAGCAUUCUGAAAAAUAAACUGGCAGAUCAAUGGUUAAAGAUA